AUGAUGGGGGCCGCGGUGUUCCUCUCCCUGGUUGCGGCUGUGGCACUCUCGGGCUCUCUGGGCGAAACGCCACCGAUCGCUGCAACGACGUUGGAGGAGUUCCAACGAAGGAAGGCGUGGGACGAGGGGGCCACAACCGGCGGGGGUUAUCGUCGCCGGAGAAGAAAAAGGCGUUCUCUGUCGGGCGAGGCUUCUGGGCAAGGUGUCCCGACAAUGGACACGGGAAAAUUUGCUGACUACGCCUUUGGGUCCGGAACUAGAGCCAUCACCUUCAUCUAUACGGUCCAAGAGGGAGACGAAACAGAAGCUCUCGACGCUUGGGAUGCGCCCGCGCACGGGGAACUGUCGGCGCUCGACGUGAGGUAUGCGGGCAACUUCGGCUACCUUCGUCGCACCUCCACCUGGCCCACCACCGACUCCGACCUCACCCUCCCAGAGCCGGGGAGCUCGGGCAGUCUUAGUGGCGGCAACGUGGUGGUGGUCGACACAAAGGUCGCGAGGGUGAUCGCCGUGAACACAAGCCUAGCCGACGGUGUGUACGGCGUCGGCGAGGAGAUACCUCUGCUUGUGACCUUCACGUCCGCCGUCAGCGUGAAUAGCACUGCCCUGAACGAGAGCCUACCGAGUAUCCUCCUCAACAGCGGCGGCACCGCCUUAUACAACGGGGGGAACGGCACCGCUGUCCUUGAGUUCUUGUACACGGUCGGGGAGGGCGAAUCGUCGGGUGGUCUCGACACUGCGGUGGUCGGCAGCGAUGUCACGGCGACGACGACGAUCUUGCUGCCCGCCGAGGGCGCCAUCUUCGACGCCGCGCUAGAGGCGCCGGCGGUGGUGACCCUGCCCAAGCCGGGGGGCGAGUCGAAUAUUAUCAUUGACACAGAGCCGCCACUUGUCUUGGAAGUAACAUCGACCCUCGCCGACGGGUACUACGGGCCGGGUCACGAAGUCGAGAUACUGAUCAAGUACACCGCCCCGGUAGUGGUCUACGGCGUCCCGCGGCUGCGACUAGACCUUGGCGACGCCGAUGGCUACGCGUCGUUUGAAGCGUUGAAGGACGGCACGAACAACACCCUGGUGUUUGUCUACGUCGUGCGAGAAGGGGAUUCUACCGCGGACCUGGACUACACGUCGCCGUUUGCUCUCGAGCUCCCUCAGAACGACACCACCGCCCUCAACGCCCUCGGCGCAGUGUCGGUGGUCAACUCGUCGUCCAUCCUGCGGUCGUCCACGAACCCGUCUCAAAACGUUUCUCUAGUCUUGCCAACCAACGGUCGACCAGGGUCCUUGGGAACUCGCGGCAACAUUUGGAUCGAGGUUGUCCUGCACUUUACGGCCCCUGUAACCGUCAACACAACGCAAGGCAACCCAGUUUUGCUCCUGCGAGUGGAUCCAACCAACGAUACAGCCGCAUCCGACGGCGUUUCUGCGACUAGCGUCGUCAACUCCACCUCUGAUGGAAUACGUGCAGCCCAACACGUCCCGGGCUUGACCCAGUUCGUGGACGUGGGUGUGGAUGCUCCACGCCCCGUAACGCAAGGUCAUUUCCGAUUGUCCUACGGAGGGACGGUGUCAGAGUGCAUGGAUGUGAACUCCGCCGAGUCCGCCGCCGGUGGUUUCAGCGUGAAAUCUCGCCUCCAAGAGCUCGGAGAGAUAAAUAUCCUCGGGGUCGACAAGGUGACGCGCGAGCCCCGGGGGAACGGCUUCCGGUUCACCGUCGUCUUUCACGCGGGCAACCCCAGCGCCGUGGAGGUGCCGCCUGCAGGAAAUAUCACCGAGGGCUGUCUUGUGAACUUUGAUCCACCUCUAGAAGCGUCCGACUUUUCCAUACCGGAUACCGAACGGCUAUCUUUCCUCUACGCUCUCCAGCCGGGCGACACUUCGGACGGCCUCGAAAUCGCCGGCCCGGACGCCCUAGAGCUAAAUGGCUCCACCAUCCUGCGUGUUUCCACCACACCUUCCCAAGCGGCUAACUUGACCUUCUACAGCGGCGAUACUAGCACCAGUACCAGCACCAGCGGCAGCGGCAACGACAACCAAGAGGGAGAAGAAGUUUUUAGCGGUACUUUGGGGCUCCACGGUUUCUCGCUUCGCGGCGACGACGACGGUGCUGUUUCUGUUUUUGAUUUACCACCGGUGGUCGUGGACUGUUCGGACGUUCCCGUGGUGCUGAACGUGACGGCGACGGCCUUCGCGGGGGAGUACGGCGCGGGGCAGAGGAUCUAUUUCUGGGUGGAAUUUUCUGGCGAUGUUAUCGUCGACGAGGACGGGUCUCCACAGCUUCUCCUCGAAACCGGGGCCGAAGACAGGGCGGCCAAAUUCUACACGGGAAACGGGACGUCGGUGUUGACGUUUCGUUCCACUGUGCAGGAGAGAGACUCGACGCCAUCCUUGGGCCCGUACUCUCAAACGGCGUUGACAAGGAACGGCGGCUUCGUGCGGAGCGCUAGCUUCUAUUCGUCUGUAGAUGCAGACCUCCGAUUACCUAGCAGAUCCGGCAGCUUCAACUACUCUGCAGACGGAGGCGCGAUCGUCAUCGAUACCUCUGUUCCGCAGGUGACUUCCGUUUUCACCUCAAAGGAGGACGGCGUGUACGGGGAGGGCGAGGAGGUGGCCCUGUACGUGGUGUACAGCCACCCUAUGGACGUCCUCGGGACGCCAACGGUGCCCCUGAAUUCCGGAGGGGAGGCGUCGUUCACCCUGGGGGGGCGGAAGCAGAUUGUGUCUGUGGCAGGCGACGAUGACGCCGAUUUCGCGUUCGGAGUUGCCCAAGUCACGGCCGGAUCGUUUCGCCUUCAGUACGAGGGCGAGACCACGGAUUGCAUCGGUUUCAACUCGAGCGAGGACGCAACACUGGCGCUGGGAAAUCUCAAGGCCUUUUCCGACGGCGGCAUCGACAACGUUACUGUUUCAGCUUCAAAGGGGGGCUACAACUUUGAGGUAUCGUUCACCGCGGGCGACGCGGCGUACGAACGCUACCCGUCCGCGCUGGAGGUGCCGUGGAACUUCUACGAGGGCUGCGAAGCGUUCGUUCCGGCAAACGCGAAACCAACUCGUAUCGUUCAAGACACGUUGGUGUUCCUAUAUCAGGUGGAGAAAUCUGACGCGGCCUGGCGCUUGGAUGUCGGGAACGACACGACCGUUGAGGUUGAUGAAUCCACGUCGUACAUCAGGCGCCACCAGUCCAGGAGCCUUACAGACGGUAACACGAGCCUACCGGACGAGCCGCUACGGGCGAGCGGGAGCAAUAUCGUCGUGAACACAACGCAGCCCGUGGUCACCGGCGUGUACGGUGUAAACGGCAACGGUAAGAGGGUGGGAGGGCGAGGUGUAAUCGUGGCCAUGCGCACCCUGUAG